GAACGCAACACCAGGGUCCUCCUACUUCCGGAAAGAAAACCGCUAUCUGUCAGAAAAAAACAUCACGGCCGAAUUCCGCUACUCGGACGCACUUCGUACCGCGGACGUCCCGCCGCUGUUAGCUCGUGACAUUCGGUUGUUGUUGUUGUUGUUGUCUCCGACGCACACAGAGAAAAACAUGAGCGGACAAAGGUAACCGACCCCCCCCCCCCCCCCUCCCCUCCCCUACAGCCUCCCCCCUCCCCGGGCAGAAGCACCGGGGACGGACGCAGAUGGAGAGGCCGGGCAGGCUGCUGCUGCUGUCCGAGCUCCACGUCGGGAACGCGGCCUGCGACGUGAGCCUGAGCCGGUCCCUGCUGACCUGGAAGCGGCGCGGCUCCUCCGGCCCGGUGUACCACCCGUUCAGACCCAGGUUUUGUGUUCUUUGGUUCCCUUGGCGACCAGACUCAGGUGUGUCACACAGCGUGCCAGUGUCAGAGAUCAUCUCCGUCAGAGAGGAAGAGGAGGAGAGCCGAGGAAGAGACGAUGGCAGCUGGAAAAAGAUCAGAGAGAGUGAAGGGAAGGACUGCAGGCAGGCCUUCACAGUGUUGUACGUCGAGAGGCGCCAGCAGCACCGCUGGCGGUGUGCCGAGGUCACCUUCACCUGUCCAGAGGGGGCGCUGCGUCAGCACUGGGUCGGCAGCAUCAAAGAGCAGCUCGCCGCCAUCGCCAGCCGACCCAAACACCUGCUGGUCUACAUCAACCCGUGCAGCGGGAAGCGCAAGGGGAAGCGCGUCUACGAGGAGAAGGUUGCGCCGCUGUUCGCCCAGGCCGGCGUCUCCACGCAGGUCAUCGUGACGGAGCGCGCCAAUUAUGCGAGGGACCACCUGAGGACGGAGGCGGAGCUGAAGAAGUUUGACGGGGUCGUGUGUGUCGGGGGGGACGGCAUGUUCAGUGAGAUCAUCCACGGGCUCAUCUGGAGGACGCAGGUGGACGGCGGCGUGGAUCCAGACUGUCCGGAUGAAGCGCUGCUGCCCGGCUCGCUUCGCAUCGGAAUCAUUCCCGCAGGUUCAACAGACUGCAUCUGCUUCGCCACCGUGGGCGCCAACGACCCCGUGACCUCCGCGCUGCACGUCAUCGUGGGAGACUCUCAGCCGAUGGACGUGUGCUCGGUCCACCACAACAACACCUUCCUGCGCUACUCCGUCUCGCUGCUGGGUUACGGUUUCUACGGCGACGUGCUGACGGACAGCGAGAGGAAGCGAUGGAUGGGACCGGCCAGAUACGACCUCUCGGGUGUGAAGAUGUUCCUGACGCAUCACUACUACGAGGGAACGGUGUCCUACCUGCCGGCACGAGGCAUCGAGGGAACGCCGCGGGACGCCGCCAGGUGUCGAUCCGGCUGUGUGGUUUGUCAACACAACGGGCAGCAACUUUCAGAGAAAGCUGAGCGUUACGAGGUGGACGAGGCAUCGGACAGCGAAAGGGACAGCGAGUGGAGGACAAUCAGAGGGAAGUUCCUCGCCAUAAACGCUGCCAGCAUGAGCUGCGCUUGUCCCCGGAGCCCCAAAGGCCUCUCGCCCGCCGCUCACCUGGCCGACGGCACCACCGACCUCAUCCUGGUCCGAAAGUGUUCCCGCUUUGACUUCCUGAGGCACCUCCUACGGCACACCAGCAAAGACGACCAGUUCGACCUGACCUUUGUCGAGGUCCACCGGGUGCGGCGUUUUCGCUUCACGCCGCGUCACUGCCAGAGCGACUCGGACCUGGACCUGAGGGAGAACGGCAAACACCAGAUCUUCAGCCAGAUCUGCCGCGACCACCCGGCCUGCGGCUGUGCCCCCGCCUACAGCAGCUGGAACUGCGACGGCGAGAUCCUGACCCACACGGCCAUCGACGUCAGAGUGCAUUGCCAGUUGAUCAAACUGUUUGCGCGAGGGAUCGAAGAGUCAACGGUGUUUGAGGACCUCCCCAACCCUUGUGCAAUAUAAGCCCCGCCCCCUCGGAUACUGGGUUCUCCCAGUUAUGCUGUUACUACACGGAGAUAAGCAGAAGGCAAGCAGGCAGGAAGUGAGAUGUGGUUUCCUCAAAUCGUCUUUCCCGAGCUUCAGAGGUAUUCUGCAGAAUCUCGCUGCUGUUUCAAGGAAAUAAUCCAGGACAUUAUUGACCUGGAGAGUGAAGCCUCCCCCUCAGAUUGUAUUUAGUGCUGUAGGUUGCCGGGUGUCUGACGCCUGAUUUAUUUUUGUUAAAUUGACCUCCAGUCCUGAAGCUACGCCCUCGAGGUUAGAGUCCCGUCUCAGAAAAUAUCUCUGAUGUGGCCUUUUCUAUUUCUUUUUUCUUUUGUCUUGGUCAAGAGACGUUUUUAUUCUUACAUCUUCUCGUCAUAGUCUGAAAUUGUUAAUUUCUGCAUUUUUGACCUUGUCUUGAUUUUGACCAUCAAACAUUCUCAUAUGAGCUCGAAACCCAUUUGGACCUCAAAUUUUUUUUUUAUUUGAAAUGAUCUGGAGUGAUGGGUUACAUGUUUUAAGGAUGCCAGACACCUGCCAGUCAUUCAAACCCCCCGUGACCUCAUCGCUGGAAGUGCUGCAGAGUGCAGUUAUGCUCCAGAUGGCGCACAAAACCAAAACGAACGUACCCUCCGCGUGACGUUAGCAAGCAGUUAGCGCGCGUUAGCGAGUGGUGCAGCAUCCCGCGUUAGCAUCAUAGUCUGAGCACGUCGAGGCGUGACCCAGAUGCUCUGCACACAACUUCCAUAUUCUUUACUAAUAUAUGAUGUAGCCGCCUUGCAUUUCCUCCACUAACCCUCUAGAUGGUGAGGACGGUUGAGGACGUGAUGCCUGAACAUAUUCCUGCUUUCAAGCGGAUGAACCCUCUAGAUUUGAAUGGCUUAUUAAAUGUUGGCCAUUUUUUGCUUCACUAGAAGCAGCAAGUAUUAUGUAUCUGCCCCCCCCCCCCCCCCCCCCCAAACUCCUUGACCUCCAUUUGGCCGGUCAGGAGAGCAUCUGCACUGGGCUGCAGAUGCUGUUCCUUUUGUUGGUUUGUUAACGGGCAAUCACGUUUUCUCUCCGCGGGCGUGGAGCUGGUCUCCACCCGACGGAGGGGGAACCCGGUAGCAGCUCCCGGUGCUGGUGAACAACCCCGAUGCGAAGCAGUAGCUCGGCCUGCGGGACCCCCGCCGGACCCCCGCCGGUCCACAAUCAGCAAAGUAACCGCAAAAACCGCACUCAUUCGCCGAGGGUGUGUCUCUAAUCGCUGUGUCGAGACAAAGUCUCAAACCUGCAAACAAUCAUGUUAAUCGUGUGAACGCGAGGUCGACUGUGAUGGUUAGUUGGGAGAGGAGGAUAAUUAUUUAUUUACAUUUAGCAGUAUGUCAUUAUGAUUUAAUGUGCUUUUAGUAUAUAGAUUUAGGUUUAGUUUAGUUAGUUGGAGCUGGAGAGGCACCUAACCUGCUAACGCUAGUCCGCUACAAGUGCGUAUCUAGCUGUGUCGCUGAGAGCUAGCUGCCGCGCUAGCUGCCGAGCUAGCUGCCGCGCUAGCUGCCAAGCUAGCUGCCACGCUAGCUGCCAAGCUAGCUGGCCGGCUACCAGCUAAUGCCGCAUUCAGACAGACCCUUAAAAAAAGGCUCAGUCGCACCCAAAAAAAAGGUGUUCAUAAGACUUAAUGCUUCACAAGAAGCUUGGUGAUGUAGCGCCGCUAUCUGGUGAGCUAACAGAAGACACACUAAAGACAUGCGGCCGUAGCAGCUUGCUUUUGGUCGACUGAGGGAGUUUGCGUCAAGGUUCACGUUCAUUGAACUUGUUGCUGCAAUUCCUCUGGAACUAAUCGACUAAUUUGACUGCGUUUAUUAAUGCUGAUUUUUCAUCAUUUCAACUGAAUUUGAAGCCAAGUCUUGUUUUUAUUCAGUAAAACACCACAACAAUAUCUUGCCUUGGGGAGAAUGACUUACUGCUGACGUGCGCUCUACUAGUUGGCCAUUGAUAAGCUAGCUAUGCUAACAAUAGCACACAGUCAUGCUGCUCCUCACAUUAACACAUUAGAAAACCCCAGUUCAACACUGUGGAGACGUUUGAAUGUCUACUUGCAAAUUAAAUUCUCUCCAGUUAAUCCACUGAUUGUGUAGAUAUUAAUAGAUUUUGUCAUUACAUUUUGCGGUGGUAUGAUUGUACAUCCUUAACAUGUGUAAUAGCCUUAAACAAGUAGUUUAAAGAUUUAACCAAAUCAUCUCUGAUUGCAUCAGGUAUUUUACUAACAGCAUGUAGAACUCAUAGAAUGAAGGGUUAUUUUUCCGAAUAAUAAAUCCUUUAAGUAAUUUAACUUUCGUCUUAACAUAUGAAAAGUCAUUAAAAUGUGCAUCCUAAGUUCUUAAAGUCCAAAUUGUUUUUACAAAAGUUUGACUCCGUGAAGCAUUCAUUUCUCCCAGUUUAAGUCUCACUAACUGACAGGUGUUAUAUUUAUUUUCGAGGCCGGUUCAAUCCGUGGAGCUCUAGUUUGAUCCAAUGUGUCGGUCGACCUUUAAGAUGUAAACUGAUCUUUUCCUUCUUCUGUAGCUGUUUCAAUUAUCAAGAAUAAAAAUAAGAAAAAUACAA